AUGCCUACCAUACUCGUUGUAGGCGCAACGCGCGGCCUUGGUGCGAGCAUCGUACAAAAAUACGCAGCAGACGCGAACAACCAUGUUCUAGCGACCGCGAGGGCGUCAGAGCCUCCAGAGAACACAAGCAACAUAACAUACAUCCCCAACGUCGAUCUCGAAUCCCCACACGUCGGCAGCGAUCUCGUCCACUUUCUUGAAUCAAACCACAUACCACAUCUGGACAUCGUCAUCAUAACAGCAGGAUACUUUAAGACAGAAUCGCUUAAGGAGCCCUCGUUCUCCGCGCAACAGCGCAUGUACACCACCUGCGCCAUCGGCCCCACCAUCCUCGUUACCGCCCUCGCAAACUACAACAGCACGCUCCUCUCCUCCGCCUCCAAGAUCGUCUUCGUCUCAUCCGAAAGCGGCAGUAUAACACUGCGACACGAAUCUGAAGGCGGCGGCAACUACGGUCACCAUGCUAGCAAGGCAGCACUCAACAUGUGCAUGAAGUUGUUGAGCAUAGAUUUGAAAGAUAGGGGCAUUGCGGUUGUCUCCGUUCAUCCGGGCUUCAUGCGGACGGAAAUGACUCGUAAUGUGGGCUUUGAUAAGUUCUGGGAUGAAGGAGGGGCGGUUGAACCUGAGGUCGCGGCGGAGAGCCUGGUGGAGUGGAUUGAGACGUUUGAUAUUAGUCAUACUGGACAGUAUUGGGCGCCGAGGGGACCUGGUGAUAUUGGUACUGCUGAACCUGUGUUGGGGCCGAAGAGCAAGCUGUCUACUCCUCUUCAGCUGCCUUGGUGA